UUACAGAUCCCUAUUGCCAAGCCAAUGAAUUUAAGGUUUUUUUGAUAAACAUUGAAUUUCGCGGGAUUAAAUGUUGGAAACAUUACAGAAUAUAUUUUACCACAGUAAUUUAAUAAAAACAUUUAAGUAAAAUACGCACAAUACUAGCAAUGAAUGAAAAUCUUCCGAUAAUGUCUUUGGAAAUAAACGGACAGCGUCAUAUGCUUGAGGUGGGCCAGUUAUAUUUGUUUGGGAAAUUGCUGCCUCCAAAUGACACAAAGUAUGUCUUCAAUAUUGAAAACGAGGAUGUGGAUGAGAAACAUUGCUGUGUGGGUGUGUUUGCCCAGGAAGAUGUCUACGUUUAUGACUUAUUCAGCUCGCAGGGAACUUACCUUAAUGGUAAACCCUUAAGGCCCUUUACAAAGGUUUCGGUAAAAACUGGAGAUGAAGUAAGACUUGGUCGGUUUCAGUGUCUACGAUUCCACAAUGAUGAACAAAUGGAGAAUUCCCACGACAGCAGUGGUUUCGGUGAUAAUAACAAAAACACAUCCGAUAUAAUUGCCUCUAGUCCCGAGACAACAACGCAUAGAGAUUCCAGAGUGAAACGUUUAAACAAUAACAGCUCGGAUAAUUUCUUGAUGCCUGCAAUACCGUCGUCGUCAAAUAAAGCGCAAACAGCAAAGUCCCAGCCUUCGAGGCUCAGCAAUAGUUUUGUUGUACCAGAAACUGAAGCAGCACUCUCGAAUAGCCGCCGUAGUUCAUUAGGCUUCAAUACAUCAAAUAGAGGCCGUUCCAGUGAUAGUUUCAUGAUACCCGAAACCCAAUAUUGUGGCGGGCGGGCAUCACUAGCCUCCAAUCUUUCCAUAGCCGAAAGUACAACCUCGGAGGGGGAUAAAACACGAUUGGAUAAUUCCACUGGUGAUGAUGAUUUUUGUAUACCAGAAACACAAGAGGUGUUAAGUUCCCAGAGACCACGGCCAUACAUGGAUAAAAUGAAACCACUGGAAGAAAAAUCAGUUGACUUGAAUGAUUCAGAUGAUGAGGGCAUAAAUGGUUCCUUUGGUGCUGCAAAUGGUAGUAGUGGUAGUCAAUUCCGGAUUUCCACACAAGACUACAAUGAAGGUUUUGGUGAAGAGGAUAAUUCGCUAAUGCAGUCACAGGUUAUUCCGCUAAUAAGACACAAUACAGUUUUAUUGAACAGUAGUGUUGCACCAGCCAGACAGGAAGCAAGUCCUAACAAAGAACCCACUGAAGAUGAUAAUGAGGUGGCCAAUAUUAAUUCGUUUGCUGCCCAAAAUCCACCACCCAAUCCCCAGAUUAACGAUGACUUGAAUUGUUCUACACCAGAUCUGUUUGAUUGUCAAGCUUUAGAGGCUAUUGCAAACGAGAAUAAUGCAGUUGUUACAGAUUUAGCCGAUGCUGCUGUGAAUCUUUUUGAGAAUGAUGCUCCUCCUGCUGGUUUGGAUGACGAUGAGGAUUAUUUAGCAACACAAAUGUUUCCAGCUUCGAACACAUCCUCAAACAAUACCAACAGUGGUUUGGACAAAAAUAAGACAUCCAAGGAUAAAAAUAUAUUUGAGAAUAAAGAAGAUGAACCGUUUUUAACACUAAGUGACAAGGAAAAUAUGCAUCCAGAUAAGAUGGAUCCCGUUUCCGAUUUGCCACCCACACAACUUUUUGCCAGCAAUGAUGCUUUGUCGGAACAUUCCUCAACUUCUACGUCUUCGUCACGUAAAAGUAAUGCAACCAAAAGGGAGGAAAAACAAAAACAAGUGCCUACUUCAAACACUAGCCAAAAACCAAUUGAGGAGGAUUUAUUAGCAGAACCUACUGUCAAUGUCAUGGGUGAUGAGGAAGAUGAUAUUUUAACCCAAGCAUUUGUACCACCGCCACCAAAAAGCACAUCUUCCAGAGCAUCAAGCGUGAAAUCUGUGAAUCACUGCUUUAACUCAACUUUAUUGGAAGACAAGGCGGUGGCUAAAAAUCCAGCUUCCUUCUUUGCCGAAAUGGAAACAAGUCCAAAGGGACUGGACAAAACAAUUGCCACUUCAAAUGUCUUCAAAAUGCCAGAGAAAAAUUUCUCAACAAUAAAGAAAACCUCGUCUGCUGCCAGCACGACCACCACCGAAUCUGAUAUGGAUUUGUUAAUGUGUACACCACAGCUCAUAAAAGAUCACAUUCCAUUUUCAAAAGCCGAUGAUUUGAGAAAAAACAUGCUGGCAGUUAAGAAUAAAAAUCUUUUUGGUGACGAUGACGACGACGACGAGGAUGAUAAGAGUGAAGAUUGUGAAAAUGACAAAUGUUUGGUUCAACUAAUUAAUGUACCUAAAAAUACGAAUGAUUUUGAUAAACUAUUGCCACAUCUAAAACAGGAAGCAAGCAAUGGAAUUAAGAAUGGACCAAAAAUUACAAGAGAGCAAAAGGCGGCAAUAGAAGCAAGAAAGGAAUACAAAUUUAAUACAUCAUUUGGCGAAGAACCAAAUGCAAAAAAGGAUAGAAAAUCAACGAGCUCAUCCUCUACUCUCAGCCGAGAUCAAAGACAUGCGGCUAGGGAUCGAGAAAAACAGGAUAGAAGGAAAACUGUUAACGAAGUUAAAACUAAGGAAUCUUCCUCUCGCCAAAAGAAAAAGGAGCCUCUCCCUGCGGACUUUUCAAAAGAAGACAAAUCCAAAGAAAUUAAGGAAAAAGUUGAGGAAAAUGAAACAUCAUCAUCAUCAUCUAGUAAAACUAUAAAACGUGGGAGACCAAAAAAGAAUGAUGAAAAGGAAGAGAAGAAAGCUUCAUCCAAACGACUCACCAGAUCGGUACAGGAUAAAGAUAGCGGAAAAGAUGAAGAUGAAAUCACAACUGUGAAACAGGCUAAACAAAGGCAACAAAAGGAUAAGGAAUCAGAAGAAACUGAAAAAGUCCGUCCCCCAAGACGCAAUACACGGCAACAAUCGUCCGAAAAGCCACCGCCAAAAGAAACAAAAGAUCCACCCAAACGCAACACCAGACUCAAAUCGAGAGAGACACAGUCCAGUAAAGACAGUAUUACGACCACAGAUGAUAUGGAUCUAAUGUCUACACAGACAUUUGUGCACAAUACACGAACCCGAACACGAUCACGUUCACAACAAUCAGAAGAAAGAAAUGAUGCCACGAAGAAAGCAUCAAAUUCAUCAACGUCAUCAUCCACAUUGCCAAAUAGUUUGAAUUCAAGCGCUACUACGCUUAAUCGCAGCAGUUCCAGACUCAAUUCAUCAAUCACAAAUAGUAUUGAAAAGAAAAUUCCAACCUCAGCUAGUGCAGCUGUGCGUAAACGUAAAUCCGAAACGGCAGCACCUCAACAAAUUGAGGAAAAGAAACGUCUUAAACGAAUAAAUUCCCAUGACUCCACAACUUCAACAGCUAGCUCCUCAACUUCGGGCCUUUCAGCACGACCAUUGAUAUCCAUAACCAUGGUUGAACCGGAAAGAUUUAACGAAUUGCAAACCAAAUCAAGAGGCUUAUGGGCAGUGGCCAAAGAUCCCAAGGACAGUGAAGUUCUGGUAAUGGACAAAACCUUCCGUACCUUUAAGUUCCUAUUGGCCAUGGCACGAGGUAUACCCAUUGUAACCUCACAAUGGCUCGAGGAUAUUAAUUCAGCCAAAUCUCUGAAAAAAGUUCCUCCCUUGAGUAAUUACAUUCUCAAUGACCCCGGCUUCGAGAAGAAACAUAAAUUUUCGUUGGCCUCAUCACUGCAGUUGGCAAGGGAAAAUAAAAAGGGCCUAUUUCAUGGUUACGAAUUUGUAAUGACUACAAAUAUUAAACCAGUACCAACGGAGUUGCAAGCCAUUAUCGAAAUUGCCGGUGGCAUUGUCCAUGCCAAGGGUACCCCAACUCCAAAGGAUAAUCAAAAACUUUACUUAAUUUCCUGCAAUGAUGAUCGCAAGGAUUGGCAUAAAGUUAGACGGAUAAAUAAGAAUAUUACAAUUAUCACCACAGAGGCCAUAAUGUCGUCUAUAAUGCGUCAAAACUGUACACCAUUGUCUAAUCAUGUAUUAGUUUAAAUAAUGUAUUUCUAUAUGCAGUCGAUUUCGGAUUUGGUUUAAAUGAUGUGCUACAAAGAUAUUCCUUACUAUGCUAAGUGCUGAACUCAAUUUGUUUAUUCGUGGUAGUUUUCUUUUCGAAAAGUACAAAACUUCUUGCACACCAUGUCAUUUCUAUUUGUAAUGUUGUUUACUCUUUUUUAUUUGGUUAAGAUUUGUGACAAAAUCUCGCACAGAAACCAGGUUCAUACGUAUUUUUUGGAUAUCUCCAUUUAAAUACAAUCCCCAGUGCUUGUUCACGAACUCGACUGCAUGAAUUUAUGGCAAAUACUCAUUUAUAUAUAUUUUUUAUUUGUUGCAAUUAAUGUUUUACACAAAAUGUUAUCGUUUCGAACCAGGAGUUCCGGUAUAUGUUUUUCUUUGAAUGUUUUUUUUUUCUUCGCAACUUUAUAUUGUUUUUUUUUACUGUAUAUGUACAAAAUUGUCAAAUGAAAUAAAUUUUUCCUUUAAAUUCGCCUCUGGCUACUACUGUAUGACUGUAUGUAAAGAUAUUCGAAAUGUUUAUGUCGUAUAUCCGUUAAUUAUACAAUUGGAAUAAAAGAAAAUAAUAAAAA